CGUACUCGUCGACAAUGUUCUCGCUGGCGGCCAUAUAGAGUACACGCUCUUGAUGUCUGAGCCUGAAAAGGCAUUGUCCAAUGCAGCUCUCGCUGACGAGGUCGAGGCCCUGAACUCGAUCUACAGUCCCGACACUCUCGUCGUACAAAGCUUUUCGUCGACCACCCACGAAACCACCGCGAUCCUUCGACUCCCCGACCUCCCCUUUUCGUUCCUCGUCUCGUUCCCCGCCGACUAUCCUACCGAUGCUCCUCCCACGAUCAUCGGCACCCAGUCAACCGGCGGCAGUGGACGAGGAGAAGGGGAAGCGGCGGUGACGAUCCUUCGCGACGUUCUAGGAAGAGUCUGGACCCCUGACCAAGUUUGCUUGUUUGAUCUCUUGGAAGAAGCCUCUCCGCUGCUCCGACGACAUCAAGACCAGCAUCACCAUGGCCAGGUUGAAAAUUACGGCACAGAUGCUGCGAACAGGUCUGCCACUAUUGACCCUCCGCCCACGUCCACCGCCACCGGUCCAAAAGGACACGAUGGUGACGAUGAAGACGAAGACGAACACGACCGGCUGACUUGUGGUUUGACAGCCUCGUCGACCAUCUCCCCUCCGCCCGCGUGGGUCAUGUCCGAACCCCUGACGGCCACCAAGUCGACCUUUGUCGCGAGGGCAUGCCGGGUCACUUCGCUCUCCGACGCCACCGACUCCAUCUCCCACCUGCUCGCGACCAACAAAAAGGUCGCCGGGGCCACCCACAACAUCACGGCGUGGAGGAUCCGGAGCAGGCAACCGCCGAACCCGCACACUGGCGUCGCGGCCGCCACGAUCCAGGACUCGGACGACGACGGCGAGACGGCCGCCGGGGGGAGGCUGCUCCACCUCAUGCAGUUGAUGGACGUCUGGGACGUGGUCGUGGUCGUGACGAGGUGGUACGGCGGUGUCAAACUCGGACCCGACAGGUUUCGCUUGAUAAACUCGGUGGCCCGCGACGCCCUCGUCAGAGGAGGGUUCGAUGUAAAAGGAGAGGACACCACCACCAACAGUAAGCCCAACAAGGGCAAGGGCAAAGGCAAGAAAUGAGGACCUCUUCACGAAGAAGUCCCAGUGAUGACGAAUUUUGGUGUUUAUUGGGUCAACCCGCAAGGACAAUGCUUCGGCUAGGUAGGUACGGAGAAGAGAUAAAUCCUUACAGUCCCUCGUACAUGAUACAUACAAAUACAUGGAAAUACAUGGGUGUGUGUGAGCGCCACGGAAAAGGCACCAGAGACUUGGUCACUGAUCAGGUCUGAUCUGAUCUCGACACAGGACUCGUGCGGCAUUUAUGACAGUUUGAACAGUAGG